AUGGCCGGUUCUUAUCUGAAUGGUGUGAUGAUAUUUGUCAAAGAUCCGAACUACAAGGUCUGGCUUGACAUUACGUUGUAUCAUCCAAACGUCGACCGAAAUGGCGAUUUGUGCAUACCCAUUCUGUGCUUUGACAACUGGAAACCGGCUACCACGCUUGCAGACACCUGGAAAUUUCUAGUUUUGUCGUCCAUUCUACGAAUCCUGGUGGAACCAGAUCUCUCACGAGCCAUUCGAAUUGAUGUCGCCGACGAAUUUGUCAAUGUGAGAUUCGAUGACAUUCUUAAGGAAAAUCUUAACGUGAACAGACUUAAGAUUAGGCUUCGUCUGAACAAAAAAAGCGUUAUGUUUGUCGCUGUGAACCCUGCAGAAUAUAAGCAGAAUGUAGCAGCGUGCAUGAAGGAGUUGCCACCACGGAGUUGUUAG